AGGGUGAAUAGGAUGUUAUAGUCUUUUUGCCUUAUGUACAAGCAGCCAGCAAAGGAUGUCAAUGCAGAAAAUAGGACAAAAAGAAGAGAUUGAAGUUAGAUUCACAUUCUGUAUUUGGUCUUCAUGUGAUGCUGCAACCUUUGCUUCUAGAUGCUGAAAAUCCCUAAUUCUGCACUCUUGACUUGUGUCAGGACAGCUACCAUGGGGGCUAGAGCUACUGAAACAACCCGGGAACUGGAAAGCACCUCUCUAAAGUAUCAUCUAGGAGGACACACUGAAAAAAUGUGGCAACGGCUUAAGGGAAUAUUAAGAUGCUUGGUAAAGCAGCUGGAGAAAGGUGACGUUAAUGUGGUAGAUUUGAAAAAGAAUAUUGAAUAUGCAGCAUCUGUGCUGGAAGCCGUUUAUAUUGAUGAAACCAGGAGGCUUUUGGAUACGGAAGAUGAACUCUCUGACAUCCAGUCAGAUUCAGUCCCACUGGAAGUACGGGACUGGCUGGCUUCUACCUUCACGAGGAAAAUGGGGAUGAUGAAGAGGAGACCUGAAGAAAAACCAAAAUUCAGAAGUAUUGUGCAUGCUGUACAAGCUGGGAUUUUUGUGGAAAGGAUGUAUCGAAGGACCUCUAACAUGGUUGGUUUGGCUUACCCAGCAGAUGUGAUACUAACAUUUAAGGAAGUUGAUAAAUGGUCAUUUGAUGUGUUUGCCCUAAAUGAAGCGAGUGGAGAGCACAGUCUGAAAUUUAUGAUGUAUGAGCUGUUUACUCGAUAUGACCUUAUGAGCCGUUUCAAGAUCCCUGUCCCCAGUCUCAUUUCAUUUGCAGAAGCUCUGGAGGUUGGCUACAGCAAGUACAAAAAUCCUUACCAUAAUUUGAUCCAUGCAGCUGAUGUUACUCAAACUGUGCAUUACAUAAUGCUUCAUACUGGUAUCAUGCACUGGCUCUCAGAACUGGAAAUCUUAGCAAUGAUUUUUGCAGCUGCAGUCCAUGAUUAUGAGCAUACUGGGACCACAAACAAUUUUCACAUUCAGACAAGGUCAGAUGUUGCAAUUUUGUAUAAUGAUCGUUCUGUUCUUGAAAAUCAUCAUGUAAGUGCUGCUUACAGACUUAUGCAAGAAGAGGAGAUGAAUAUCUUGGCAAAUUUAACCAAAGAUGACUGGAGGGAGCUGCGUAGCCUGGUCAUUGAGAUGGUCCUGUCUACAGACAUGUCAGGUCAUUUCCAGCAAAUUAAAACAAUGAGACACACUCUGCAGCAGACAGAGGGGAUAGACAAAGCCAAAGCCAUGUCUUUGAUUCUUCAUGCAGCAGACAUAAGCCAUCCAGCAAAAUCCUGGGAACUACACUACCGGUGGACAAUGGCACUGAUGGAGGAAUUUUUUCGACAGGGAGACAAGGAGGCUGCUCUAGGGCUACCAUUUUCCCCACUCUGUGACCGCAAGUCUACAUUGGUGGCUCAAUCCCAAAUAGGUUUCAUUGAUUUCAUAGUCGAACCAACAUUUUCUCUUCUUACGGACUCAAUGGAGAAAAUUGUUAUUCCUCUUAUAGAGGAAGCUUCAAAAUCUGAAACGUCUGCCUUUGGGGCACCCAGCCAGAAUAGCUUGGGAGCAGUAAGCAAUGCUGAAACACAAAGAAGACCUAGUGUGAAAAGUACUACAACUGAUGGAGGGUCUUCCACAGAAAAUUCUCUAGCAACUGUCGACCUAACAAGCUUUAAGGAGAACUUGGUACAGAUCAUUCAAGCAAACAAAGACAGGUGGAAAGAAUUAGCAGCUCAAGGUGAGCCUAUACACUGUAAGAAAUCAGAAGAUAUAGUGAAAACUACUGAGCAAAAACUUGCUCUGAUACGCAACUAGAUUUGCUACUAUUCAAAUGCUUCUGACAUUUCAGGCCUGAAAGGGAAAACAGUAAAGCAUCAAAGACCACUAACACAGCUUUCUGUGGGGCUGUUAUGACCUCUGUCAACUUAUUCUUGGACCAUGCCAUUUUUAUGGAACUAUUGGAGAGAAUAAUGAUACUAAAAACCACAAAUCAUGGGCUGACAACUCAAGGCACUUAACUCUCAAGGUUUCAGCUGUAUUUGUUGCUGUUUUAUUUCCUCUAUUCUACUUUCUUAAACCUGGUCACAGUCCUUUUUAAGCCAAGAACUGGACUUCUGUUUUAGUUGCAUCACUGAAACCAGUUGUUGCCAAAUGAACAUGAAAGACAUACUAAUCAUGAGGCACAUAUAAUUUGCACUAGAUUGCUACUAAAGUGCCACAUCUACCUAUCUUGAUCAACAUCUCGUGGAAAUGGAAAGCCAAAAUGAAGUUGUGGCAGACAAUGGUUCAUGCAGCCACAUUGCAUAUGACAUUAAGUCCCAUGAGUCAGGUUUCUUAAAAAGUCUGGAAACAAAAAAAUGUAGGCUGUACAGACACGUUCUGGAUUUGUUCAAAACAUCCUUUGGGAACAAUACCUAUAUCCUGAUGCUGUGGCUUCAGUCUGGAGAUAACCUGGUGUUUAAUGAAACCAGCCAUUGAAAUCUCUGUUUAAAACAAAUUAAAUAACAUUCAGUAUUAUUCAAGAUUAAGAUCAAAGUGGUCUCAAUACCAGGCUCAGCGACAUUCAGUAAGAUUCCAGUAGCAAUGUCAUGCUUGCCAUGAAGUUGAACGUAUUUUAUUCAGCAACAGUGGGCCAGAGGAACCACAUACAAGAACAUUCAACUAAUAAAUUUGCUUUGCUCAAGGAAAGUCAUGGAUGGAUAGUCUAUACAUGAUCUCUUGAGUCCCUGGAGGGUAGCCCUGCUCAGAUCAGACAUCAGCAACAUGGAGUCAGUGUAAUGCUAAUGUAAUUUGUAAUUUGUGGAUUGACAGAAACAUAUCCAAAGUCCUGUUUUCCUGAGAAGCAGCAAAGAUGUUCAGCACAUGGGCUGUUUCCUUGCUCAUAAAUCUUCAAACUAACCUUUCUGUCUAGCACUAUGCCCAAGUAAAUGGUCUUUCUCAGCCUCUGCAUCCUAUCAGUAUAACACACGACUUUUUUCCUGGCUGAUUUGUAUAAAUUUAUGCUGUUUGCAACCAGCCAUGUAUUGAUGUAUUUAGAAUCUGUAGGGAAACCCUGUAGUUCCACACUGCCCUCUGGGUUGUGUACUCUGUCCAUGUGGCUUGGGCCAUUAAAUUCCCCUUAGUCCUUUAAAAUCCCAUUGUGUAAUUACCUCAAUGGCCAAAACCCCUUUACAAACAGCCAUUAGCCCUUUUCAGAGCAGUAUUCACUGGGGAUGAAAUUCACACCUAUGCACAAGUGUGAGUCUAUGUAUUAUUUAUCCUCUCUUUUGGAGACUUAAAUAGAAUGAAAGUGAAGCACAGGCCUCAUGAGGGACCUCCACAUGAGUGAAUUUCACCCUGAUUGAAUAAAGCAACAGUCAGAGUUAUGUUGAUUCACAUCUGUGGCCAUUUAUAGACGUUACAUUUUUCUAGGUUUCAUCCGGACUACAGUCAUCACUAUAUACAUGUGGAUGUCUGUAGUCCAAAGUAAAAUUGGCUCCAGUCAGAAUGAUCUAAUUCUUGCUGAAAGAGGAUUAAAGAAUGCAGACUAGGGCAGUCUAAACUAGGCAAUUUAAACUGUAUUAAUUAACAUGUAUAUACAGCAGUGAUUUAGGGCUUGCUGUUGCUUGUGCCCACCACCAGAUGUAGCACGUGAGCACACUUUUAUGGCCCAGAAAUUCAGGAAAAUCUCCCUGAUGGUCAAUGAUCAUCUAUUAGCCCUUAAUUCUAAUUGAAAUUUGAUUCAAAUUGUGUGAUAUGAAACAGUUAACAUGGUUUAGAAAAUGGUGAGCAUGUCUACCAAUGGCCCAUGUGUUUGUACUUGUUGACUCUGCCUCCUUUCUGGCCUGUGCACACUUGAGUAACUGUACAUGAACUGGAUACAUUGCAAGCUCUUGGUCUUAGGCUAAGGGAAUACCAAAAGGUGGAAUUCAUGUCAUUCAACAUGUAAGCCAUAUAUUUGCUAUGCAUACAUAGUGUGCAUAGCUUUAAUUUAACAAAUGUUUGUGCAUAGAGGGUGUAAAAAGUGCUUUUCAAAUGUUUUGUGCAUCUGGUCCAGGGUUUGCAUUUAGCAUGGACUUUCUGUACAGGGCAGUUAACAAAUUAAACGUUAACAGAUUAAAUUGUAUCAUAUACAUUAUAACACAAUUGAUAUUUUUUGCUAAAAUUUGAGAAAUAUAUAUAUAUAUAUAUAUAU